CGACUGCGUUGAUCGUAGCGUAGAAACUGGAGUCGACAUUGCCGGUGUCUCUUGGCUCGAAUCCAUCGUCACCAACUAAUCUGUACACACAACAUUCGAACAUGGCUGACCAAAGUCAAGUUCGAAAUGACGAGCGAACACCCCUGCUCCGUGGCACGGGAAAUAACCAUACUGACGAGAACGGAAAUGAUGCUGUCCAGGAGAGUGAUCUCGCCCAUCUCGACGACCAGGUUAAAACCUGGAGGCGCCGUCGUUGGAUAUCGCUUUUCGUGAGCGUUUUUCUCAUUGUCGCCUUUAUCGUAAUAUUAAUUGUAUCUGGGGUGCUAUCCCGUAGCCGACGGAAACCAUCGCCAGGCAUGAAUGCGUCGUUGUGCCUGACGCCGGCCUGCAUUCACGCAGCGUCCGAAAUUCUCUACAAUCUAUCACCGAAUUACCAGACAAUAGAUGCUUGCACUCACUUCGAUAACCUCGUCUGCGAUGGCUUCGGCGAUCGCCAUGAUAUACCACAGGAUAAAUCCUCCUACUCUACGGGCACUAUAAUGUCCGAAAAUGGACAAACUACCCUAAGGCAUAUUCUAGAGUCACCAUAUCCAACUAAGUCUGAGCAUUCAUCGUUUUCGCCUAAGAAUCUUAUAAGGAUUGCCGCCUCUUCUGACGAAGACAACUUUAACAUGAUACAGGAGGCUUACAAUUCAUGCAUGAACGAGACAGCCCUUCAGAAAUCAGGUGUUGCGCCUCUUGUUAGCUUGAUAGACCAAGUUAUUGCAUCCUUCCCUGUCGCUGAGGGUGCGUCUGAGUCAGUCCAACAAGCAGAUUAUGUUGCUCUCAGCGAGACUCUCCUUCUCUUAGAGAAGAUAGGGGUUGGUUCAUUUGUAGGUCUUGGUGUCGGCGCUGAUGAUAAGAACCCUGAUGUUGUCAUUGUUCAAGCAUUCCCUGCAGGACUUUCAUUGCCUUCACCGGAGUAUUACCAGGAUGCCGAUACCGUGGCCUUAUAUCAGACUAUGCUUGGAGAAGUUUUCGCUGCCCUGCUUCCAACCAACUCCUCAAGAGCAUCGGCGAAAGAGCUUGCUCAAUCUGUUAUUGAUCUCGAGAAGAAGAUUGCGGCCAUCACACCACCCCCUGAGGACCAGUCAGAUGUUACUAAAUACUACAACAUUGUCAAACUUGCCGAUGCUGGAAAGAUUGGCCCUGCAGUCGGUUUAGAUUCAAUUGUGAAGGCUUUGGUUCCCGAAAAUUACACAGCAGACAGCCUAUUGCUGGCAUUCCCGGAAUUUUUGAGCAACGUAUCUCAGAUCAUCUCUAACACUUCUAAGUCUACUAUACAAAGCUAUCUAGUUUGGAAAUUGGUUGAUGCAUAUUCCUCUUAUGUCGAGGGACCAGAGGUUCAGCCCAUCGUCCAAUUUGGCAACGUUCUCUCUGGAAAGGAUCCAAAUACAAAGUCUGAACGAUGGAAGACUUGCGUUAGCUAUGUUGACGGUACCCUUGGCUGGAUACUUAGUCGAUUUUAUAUUGAGGCUUCAUUCUCCGAUGAAGCCAAGAAAUACGGCGAUCAAAUUAUAAUGGAUAUUAAGCACCAAUUUAUCUCGAAGCUGAAUGAUCUGAGUUGGAUGGAUGACUCAGUCAAGAAAUUGGCUGCGAACAAGGUGAACAACAUUGACCAAAAGAUCGGAUUCCCCACCACUUCUCCGAACAUUACAAAUCCAGAGGCGCUGCAGGCGUACUAUAGUGGCUUGACCAUUUCGGAUUCAUUCUUCAAUAACACCCUAUUAAGCAAUGAAAGGGAAACCAAAAGAGGUUGGGCAGCCCUCGGAAAGCCAGUUGACCAUGGCGAAUGGGGUAUGCAAGCUGACAUUGUCAACGCUUACUAUAAUCCCGUUGGUAACGAGAUUGUUUUCCCAGCUGGCAUUAUGCAGUUCCCCGUCUUUGAAUUGGGAUUGCCUGGCUAUGUAUCGUAUGGCGCCUUUGCCUCGGUUGCCGGUCACGAGUUAUCCCAUGCAUUUGAUAACUCCGGUAGACAUUUUGAUGAGCAUGGCAAUUUCACGGAUUGGUGGACAAAUAACACAGUCCAGGAGUUUGAUAAGCGCGCCAACUGCUUCGUAGAUCAGUACAGCAAUUUCACGGUCCAGGGCAACAAUGGCGAACCCCUGCAUGUUAACGGAAAGCUGACCCUCGGCGAGAACAUCGCCGACGCCGGUGGCGUCUCUGCUGCUUUCGCGGCGUGGAAGGACCGCACAGCAUCCGCGCCUGACCAGAGCCUUCCAGGGCUAGACUUCUUCACCCACGAGCAGCUCUUUUUCAUCUUCUACGGCAAUUGGUGGUGCGGCAAGGUUCGAAAGGAACAGGCGAUCCAGCGCAUCUACACGGACCCUCACUCACCUGCGUUCGCUCGCGUACUGGGAACUACGGCGAACUCGAGGGCGUUCAGGGAGAGUUUUAAUUGCCCUGUUAAAGAGCCCACUUGCGAAUUGUGGUGAUUGUGGCGGCGCCGAGCUGACAAUCGGAGAAUCAUAAAAAGGAAAAUUCACUAAUAUCUUCCAUUUCGAUUCUUGUACCUAGGGAAUUAUGGAGUUAUCUAAAUUGAACGAAUUUGACUUUAAUAUCACAAUGCUCUACACCGAGUCCAUAAUCUUGAUUACCGGCGACUACUUGAAGCGCGGGUGAUAAGUGCGAGGUCUUCUUGGGGA